ACGCAAAUACAAACCGGUUUUUGACGUGCCGAAUUGGGGUGUGCUGCUUUUGAUAUAAAAAGGUUAAACCAACAAACCUUUUUUCCUGCACACAACCGAUUAUUGUUGUAAUGACGGAAACGACACUAGAAUGCGGUGUUUGUUGCGAAGACUAUUCAAUAAUUCAACAGAUAUCUUCGUCCUGUGGCCAUAAUGACAUUUGCUCUGUUUGUAUCAAGCGUCACAUUGAAGCCGAAUUGAAUUCUAAGGGAGGAGAUGUUCAAGUGCGGUGUCCAAAGUCCCGCUGUCCGAUAGAAUUAACAUACGAGGAUGUGCGAAGACUGGCGUCAAAGGAAUUAUUUGAAAGGUACGACACUUUGUUAUUGCGCGUUGCCAUUCGUAAACUUCCCGAUUUUCGUUGGUGCAAGGCUCAAAAGUGUGGUUCUGGUCAGGAACAUACGACAGGAGAUAGAUUUCCUAUAAUUACUUGUGGGGCUUGUGGCGCAAAAUCCUGUUUCACGCAUGAUGUGCCUUGGCAUAGUGGUUUAACCUGCACACAAUUCAACGAACAACUGCAAACCGAAGAUUUUACCGCCAAUCGCGCUUAUCAUGAACGGCAUACAAAACAAUGUCCAAAUUGUUACAUGUCUAUCGAGAAGAAUGAUGGAUGUGAUCACAUGAGUUGCCGUUGUGGUUACGAAUUCUGUUGGUUGUGCCUUGGCGACUACGAAAAUAUUCGUACGCAUGGUAAUCAUUAUCAUGCACCGACUUGUCAGUAUUAUGCACCAUAUAAUUCAGAUGAUGAAUACGACGAUAGUCUUGAUGAAUAUGAAGAGGAGGAAGAAGAAGAGGAAGAAGAGGAAGAGGAAAAUAUGGAACUUGAAAACGAGAGCAGCGAAGAUGAUGAUCUUUACGCGUGAAAUUAUGUCUUAUAAUUUAUUUAUUUAUUAUAGUCUCGAGUUCAGAAAUAUAUUGAGUACAAAUUUUUGAGCCAUUACUUGAACAAAACAUAUUUUGGUACACCCAUAUAUUAAGUUGUUUUAUAAUGCCAUCAUUAUUAGAUUCACUUUUUCUGGUCUUGUAAUUUAACUCUUAUUGAAAACUAUAUGAAUUAAACCAUAUCUUGUUAUUGUCCCAGACAAUUUGAUAUGAAUUUCCAAUAAUUAAAUAUUUCUAUUUUCUGGUAAUUC